AUGAGUCCGCCAACUUCCGAGUCACUCAGGCGUUUUGAAGAACCAACAGGCCCCCCUAAAAGCUCAAACGGGUUAAAAAUCGCAACUAUAUGCGCCUUGACAUUGGAAGCAGACGCAUUCAAGGCGCUCUUUGAUUAUCGAUGGAAGGACAUUGACAAAGGAAAGAUGAGAGCUCCAGGUCAUAAGAACGCAUACUCCUUUGGUUUGCUUGGUCGCCACCAAACCGUCCUAGCUUUUAUGCCCGGCAUGGGCAAGGAUAGCAGUGCAAUGGUAGCGUCGCACUGCCGCAAUAGCUUUCGAAAUGUUCAGCUGGUGUUAGUGGUUGGGAUUUGUGGCGGUGUUCCAUUCUAUAAGCAGGAGGGCAUACAAGAAGUCAUACUCGGGGGUGUCAUCAUCAGCGAAAGCCUCUAG